GGCGGGCCGCGCCGCGCUCAGAAUUGUCGUAAAAGGGGGCGGGCCGCGCCGCGCUCAGGAUGACGUAUGGGGGUGCGUGUCGCUGCAGCCGGCGGCUGGCAGGGACCGGGCGCCAUGGAGCGCUACGCGGGCGUCUUGGAGGAGGCGGUGGACGGGGCCCAGCAGCAGGAGCGGCACUACCAGCUGCUGUCGGCGCUGCAGAGCCUGGUCAAGGAGCUGCCCAGCUCCUUCCAGCAGCGGCUGUCCUACACCACGCUCAGCGACCUGGCCCUGGCGCUCCUCGACGGCACGGUGUUCGAGAUCGUGCAGGGACUGCUGGAGAUCCAGCACCUCACCGAGAAGAGCCUGUACAACCAGCGCCUGCGGCUGCAGAACGAGCACCGAGUGCUCAGGCAGGCGCUGCGACAGAAGCACCAGGAAGCCCAGCAGGGCUGCCAGCCCCACAACUUGCCCGUGCUCCAGGCGGCCCAGCAGCGUGAGCUGGAGGCAGUAGAGCACCGGAUCCGCGAGGAGCAGCGGGCGAUGGACCAGAAGAUCGUCCUGGAGUUGGACCGGAAGGUGGCAGACCAGCAGAGCACACUGGAGAAGGCGGGGGUCACUGGUUUCUAUGUGACUACCAACCCACAGGAGCUGACACUGCAGAUGAACCUGUUAGAACUCAUCCGGAAGCUGCAGCAGAGGGGCUGCCAGGCUCGGGGGGCAGCCCUGUGACCAGGUGGGGUCCCUGCCAGUUACCCACUGCCUGUCAGGGCUGGGAAGACUGCCCAUCCUACUGCCACCAGAGCCA